GAGAGGUAGAGUGGGUUCAGGGAGGCAGGGGUUGUGAUACUUUGUGCACACAUCCUUGUCAUUGUUCCGCCUGAAGAGACAGGGCUGGGUUCAAGGCCACAUGUGCUCCUGUCAUCCUCUACAUUUCUGCUCCAAGUGCAAUCCGGAGUGUCAGCUCUCCAUCUGUCUCUGCCUGGCAGGCGCACGCGCCCAGCACCCUGCCUCGGGCUAUGCCGCCCCAGCCCCUCUGACGGCCCUCCUUGCCACUGCUGCCGCCACUGCCGCUCAUUCCAGAACAGAAGGCAUGAGCCCGGAUCGCGCUUGCUUUUAGGAGAGAGAGCCACUUCCCUUGUGGUGCGCAGCAGUCAAGGAUGCCUGAUCGUACUGAGAAGCAUUCCACAAUGCCAGACUCACCUGUGGAUGUGAAGACGCAAUCAAGGCUGACUCCCCCAACAAUGCCACCUCCGCCAACCACUCAAGGAGCUCCAAGAACCAGCUCAUUUACACCGACGACAUUAACCAAUGGCACAAGCCAUUCGCCUACAGCCUUGAAUGGCGCCCCCUCGCCGCCCAAUGGCUUUAGCAACGGGCCUUCCUCUUCUUCCUCCUCCUCUCUGGCUAAUCAACAGCUGCCCCCAGCCUGUGGCGCCAGGCAACUCAGCAAGCUGAAACGUUUCCUCACUACCCUGCAGCAGUUUGGCAAUGACAUUUCACCAGAGAUCGGAGAGAGAGUCCGCACCCUUGUACUGGGAUUGGUGAACUCUACUUUGACAAUUGAAGAAUUUCAUUCCAAACUGCAAGAAGCUACUAACUUCCCACUGCGACCUUUUGUCAUCCCAUUUUUGAAGGCCAACUUGCCCCUGCUGCAGCGCGAGCUCCUUCACUGCGCAAGACUGGCCAAACAAAACCCUGCCCAGUACCUCGCCCAGCAUGAACAGCUGCUUCUGGAUGCCAGCACCACCUCACCUGUUGACUCCUCAGAGCUGCUUCUCGAUGUGAACGAAAACGGGAAGAGGCGAACUCCAGACAGAACCAAAGAAAAUGGCUUUGACAGAGAGCCUUUGCACUCAGAGCAUCCAAGCAAGCGGCCAUGCACUAUUAGCCCAGGCCAGCGGUACAGUCCAAAUAACGGCUUAUCCUACCAGCCAAACGGCCUGCCUCACCCCACCCCACCUCCACCCCAGCAUUACCGUUUGGAUGAUAUGGCCAUUGCCCACCACUACAGGGACUCCUAUCGACACCCCAGCCACAGGGACCUCAGGGACAGAAACAGACCUAUGGGGUUGCAUGGCACACGUCAAGAAGAAAUGAUUGAUCACAGGCUAACAGACAGAGAAUGGGCAGAAGAAUGGAAACAUCUUGACCAUCUCUUAAACUGCAUAAUGGACAUGGUAGAAAAAACAAGGCGAUCUCUCACCGUACUAAGGCGAUGUCAGGAAGCAGACCGGGAGGAACUGAAUUACUGGAUCCGGCGGUACAGUGACGCUGAGGACUUAAAAAAGGGCGGCAGCAGUAGCAGCAGCCACUCCAGGCAGCAGAGUCCCGUGAACCCGGACCCAGUUGCAUUAGAUGCGCAUCGGGAAUUCCUUCACAGGCCUGCGUCUGGAUACGUGCCAGAGGAGAUCUGGAAGAAAGCUGAGGAGGCUGUCAAUGAGGUGAAGCGCCAGGCGAUGACCGAGCUGCAGAAGGCUGUGUCGGAGGCGGAACGGAAAGCCCACGACAUGAUCACCACUGAGCGAGCCAAGAUGGAGCGCACGGUGGCCGAGGCCAAGCGGCAGGCCGCGGAGGACGCCCUGGCGGUUAUCAAUCAGCAGGAGGACUCGAGUGAGAGUUGCUGGAAUUGUGGCCGCAAAGCAAGUGAAACCUGCAGCGGCUGUAACACAGCCCGAUACUGUGGCUCAUUUUGCCAGCACAAAGACUGGGAGAAGCACCACCACAUCUGUGGACAGACCCUGCAGGCCCAACAGCAGGGAGACACGCCCGCCGUCAGCUCCUCCGUCACGCCCAGCAGCGGGGCCGGGAGCCCGAUGGACACACCACCAGCAGCCACCCCGCGGUCAACCACCCCGGGGACCCCUUCCACCAUAGAGACAACCCCUCGCUAGACGUGAACUCAGAACUGUCAGAGGAAAAACAACACAACCAACGUGAAACCAGUUCCUCAUCCUCAGAUGCUCAAAGUUGUUGUUUUGUUUGUUUGUUUAUAGAUGAACUAUCCUAUUUCAGUACUUCAGCAAGAGAGAACCUAACUGUAUCUUAAGGUGGUAGGAGAACACAGAGGGCCAGUAACGGGUCGUAAUGACUUAUUGUGGAUAACAAAGAUAUCUUUUCUUUAGAGAACUGAAAAGAGAGCAGAGAAUAUAACAUGAAAUGCGAGAUUUGACCUCCUCCCUGUUAUUUUCAAGUAGCUGGGAUUUUAAACUAGAUGACCUCAUUAACCGAUGCUUUACCAAACAGCAGACCAAGAGAUUGCUAAUUGCUGUUGAAAGCAAAAAUGCUAAUAUUAAAAGUCACAAUGUUC